UUAUCAGGCUGUACAGAAUAUCCCAACACCGACCAUUGGUGUUAGUCGACCAGCAAUGGACAAUAGCCUGGAAAGGUCACCCGAAGCUGCGGCUUCGUCAGCAUUGGUUGGAGACGCCAACAGUGUGAAAGGCAAGCCAAUAAGCUUGUACAAGAUUUAGGCCAGUUAAAAAAAGAGAUGCGAACUGUACUUAAGGGAGCACACAAACUGCAGACUGAUACAGAACAGAGACUACAUCUCGCAAAAAUUCAUGAGGAGGUUAAAAGUGACGUGGAUAGAAGACAUGAAGUCAUGGCUGGACCAGCACCAAUUGACCAAUAUUUGACGAAACCUGCAGUCUCGUCACCCAUCACAUACCAUGCACCUGCUAAACUGCCCUCUUCCCCUGCACUCAUGAAUGCCCCCAUUAUUGACGGUUGUGCCGAGGCGCAGAAAACGCUACUGAAGGUGCAGGCUAGUAAAGGUUAUCUGGAUACAAACCUGGACGUUGUGGCGCACGCUGCCACAAACGAGGAACUUUAUUCUUUGAUUGACAGGAUGAUGUACGAUAGAGAUGCUGCGGAGAAAGCUUACAUCAGAGCAAAAGUAGACAAAAUGAUACAUGUGAUGAAUUAUGAAAUACAGGAUGAGAUGCUGUAUGGUAAGGAUGAUAAGAUCCAGGUUGUACCACAAAAAGACAAGCUACCCGACAAGUCCUCAGCUGCCAAGACAAAGGGAAAACCUGGAAAGAAGAAAGUUCAAGCCAAAAUAAACACUGGGUUGAGAAAAAAGAGAGUAGAGGAGGAAGAUGACAGUAAAGAGAACAAACCACAAAAGCUUCCUGUGAAGAAGCCCCAGAAAUCUACAAGUCACAUGCAAGAUGAGCAGUAUCUAUCCAGGGUGUACGGAAAGGCAUUGUAUGGCCCAAAGAGGAAAACAGAUAAAACAGGACCAUAUCUCCGAUUCCAGAGUACGCCAGUCAAACCAGGUGGCACAAGACCUAAAGUUGUACAGGAAGUACAAGCGGUGAAGAUGAAAUCUUCGAAAACCCAAACCACUCCAUCCCCCAAAAAACCGAAACUGAUCAAAGAAAAAACAGAGUUCUACUUCAACCCAUACCAACACCUGCCAACUAGAGGGACAGCUGUUCCUCCGAUGCCUGGACAGUUGAUACCCAUGGCUAUAUCCCUUGGACAACCCAGGAGUGGUAGCGGGUUGUCACAGCCAGUUGUGAUCAGUACCACCAGACCCGCUCGGGAUCAUGAUGUCAGCAAUGUUGCCAUAGUUGAGAUGCAAGCACCUGAAGAACCAAGGCGACCGCAGCUGGACAUCCAGGUAUUACCUAGCGUAGACAUAGACUCUACACCGCCCACACCUGCACCUAGUGACCGCGUCUCACCACCAAAAGCACAGGUAGAAGAAAAAGACGACAUGAUAGACGGCACAGGAAUAUCGUUACCUGGAUACGAUGAAUCCCCAUCUGUGUACCAUGGGCCGCCAUUCCCACCUCAGCAGCCAGCCCCUCAAGUGGUAGCUGUACCCUCUAGUGAUGUCUUGGCUGAAGAGAUUGGCAGAAGAGACCUCUUUGAAAACAGAGCUAUAGAAUGGGUUGAACAAGAACUGAUGGCAAGAAUAAUAAGUCAGAUGCGUCCACGAGAGGAAGACGAACCAGAUAUCUUGAGACCAGACAGUCCAGUCAGUAGCGAAGCGACAGAUGAGAGUGUCAUUGUUGAUGGCAUGGGCAAUGCUGGCCUGCAGUUAUUUGUAGACUCAGGUCACCCUGUCAGUUCUGAUCUUGUCAAUGCACUGGUCAGAGAAGUGAUAGAGGAAAAACUAGCAGCUAUGUUAGGACAGCAAUUAGCAGAUCGGCAACGACCAAGAUCACCACCUCCGUCACCAAGACAAGUGGUCGAAGAGCAACCGCCUCGACAACCAACUCCACCGCCGUUCAUACCAAGAGAACGAGUAUCAACCCCUGUUGUUACGCCGCAUGCAAGUCCAAUACACACACCUCCACCACCUGCUGUCCGAUCCCCGCUUGAUACCCCUGAUGUAACACCAGAGGGCUCUAUUGUGAUGGUUCCUGAGUCUGAAACGGACAGUGACAUGAGAGAGCCAACCCCUCCACCUGAACCCACCCCAAUAAAGAUGCCAGAUUCGCCUGUUCAAACUCCUAUCAGUACUCCACCCAGGACACCCCCACCUAAAGCACCAACACCCCUGCCAUCACCAAGGGACUCACCGAUACCAUCUGUGCAGGAACCCUCUCCAUCGCCAUCACCAAAACCCUGGACGGAGGAGGAGCUCCCAAUUGAUGAAGAACUGCCAUCAAGAGAUCGUGAAGAAGAGCCACUAAGACCAGUUGUACUCACUCUUGAGCCUGACAUAGAAGGUGGCGAUGUCAUCCAAAUCCCAAUUCUGACACCUCCAAAACGAGCUACUCCACCUCCGUCAUCACCGUCAGAUGUCAGCUCUUCGUCACCAGAGCCGUCAACAUUUACAGAAACCACAGACAGAGACAUCAGUGAUGGGGAGUGGCUUCUCAGUAGGAGUGAGGGUCAGAUUCUACCCAAAACAAGAUUGGGUCAAGAUGGUUUCCGUGUAGCUUUCGACCAUCAAGCUAAUAAACCAGAUGAUUCUGGGAGUAGUCGGGACAGUACAUUGCAUGAAACAGAAGACAUCGAAGCAGAUGUAACGCAGGCAUUUAGUGAAGGAGAGGUGUUAGGCAAGAAAAUACCGAUCCAUAAAGACCCGAUGUUAGCUCUACUUGCCCGUCUCAGUCAACAAGCCUCGGUUGUAAUGCCGUCCCAAGAAGCUAAUUACCUCCAUCCAGCUACUCAAACGUCAGAAGCCGAAAUUAGUGCCGGUGAAGUCAGCUGGGGUCAACGACCUAGCUACACUACAGUUGCUGAGAAGAUUGUCUAUGGGCAAUCUGGGCAUCUGAAGCCGGAGAAAUCCAGAUCCACUGCGAGACAGCUUCAGUCGGGAUCCCCUGGCGAAGUUGAAUUAACAUCGGGUGAUCGUCCUUUGAGAGUCUCCGAACUUGAUAGCCCUAAAUCAGGCAGAUCACCGAAGAGCAAACACUCGAAGUCUCCAAGAUCUCCAAAGUCACCAAAGUCACCUAAAUCUCUGUCACAAAAAACGCCUAGUCGAGUGAUCCAAGUUGGUAGGUCAGAGUCACCUAGGAGUCCUCGUGCAUCAUCUGCUAGUAGGGUAAUUCGAGUGGGUGGAAAACCAGCAUCACCGCCACCAUCAUCACGGGUCAUUCAUUUUAGUGGCUUGGAUGAUGAACAGCCAGCUGACGAUAUGCCUCAAGGUAUGGCACAAAGUACCAAUGAUCUCGAAGCGCAGACCCCGGAUCAGAUGCAACUUGAUGCUUUGAUCCUCUCUGGUUAUUUGUCCCAAACAUUCAGCCAAUCAGAUGGCGCCAUUAGCGAAAUGGACAGAUCCAAGUUACCAUCUGGCUUGACUCUAGGGGGAAGCGCUCCCGGUACUUUACUAGUAACCCUACCAUCGGCCGAAGAAAGUGUUGAAGAUUUUGACAUAUCAGGUGCAAGUUUUGAGCAACAAGAUGACAGUACUAUCAGCGAUGUCUCCGAAUUCAGUGCAGCUCAACUAUAAACUUUGAUAAAGUGCUGUAGUCAUUGAUUAAAUACAGAUCAACUUUAUGACUCAUUCAGAUAACUAGCAGAUACUUUAAUGAUGAACCAGUUCACAGUGUACCUGAUAUCUUACUGGUUUAAUAAAUAUUAUUGCACACACAAAAAAGUCAUACAAGAUGACAAAUAAUUUACAUAAUUUUCCAUAUCCUAAAAACUGCCAGUUCUGACACAUCCAAAUUGUGAUAUACAUGUAUCAGCUGUGAAUAUUUAAAAUUUUCUGUAUAUAGUUGGCGUGGUGUAAAUA